AUGACCGACUCAUCUUGUCUAAUUAAACUCAUCACAAAGAUUCAGCCAACAGAAGUGUAUCAUCUUGCUGCACAAUCUCACGUAAAGGUAUCGUUUGAUCUGCCAGAAUAUACCGCUGAAGUGGACGCAGUUGGCACAUUGAGAUUACUUGAUGCCAUCCAUGCCUGUGGUUUGACUGAAAAGGUUCGCUUCUACCAAGCAUCAACUUCCGAGUUGUACGGGAAAGUUCAAGAAAUUCCUCAGAAAGAGUAUCAACGCCGUUCUACCCUCGUUCACCUUAUGCGGUCGCUAAGAUGUAUGCUUAUUGGAUCGUUUAUCAACUACCUCCGAGAAGGCUUUCAACAAAUGUUCGCUGUAAUGGUAUCUCUUUAUCACGAGAGGCCCAGAAGAGGUGAAACAUUCGUCACUCGCAAAAUCACACGGUCAGUUGCCAAGAUCAGUUUGGGUCAGCAAACUUGUGUUGAGCUUGGAAAUCUUGACUCCCUUCGUGAUUGGGGACACGCCAAAGAAUAUGUUGAGGCAAUGUGGAGAAUUCUUCAGCACGACAAGCCUGAAGAUUUCGUCAUUGCUACAGGAAAGCAAACUACAGUGAGAGAGUUCUGUAAUUUAGCGUUCAAGGAAAUUGGAAUGGAAUUAACGUGGGAAGGCGAAGGCGUCAAUGAAGUUGGAAAGGAAAAAGGAACUGGUAUUGUGCGUGUGAAAGUCAACCCAAAGUACUAUCGUCCUACAGAAGUAGAAACGUUACUUGGUGACGCUACGAAAGCAAAGAAAGUCCUUGGAUGGGAGGCUAAGAUCUCCGUGGAGGUAACUGCUGUGAAA